UCAACAAUGGAAAUAAUAACAGAAAUUCUUCGUGAUUAUUCCUACCUAUCUUUUUUUGUCCUUCGAAUAAGUCUUCGAUGAUAAGCUCGUGAUAGAACAGCUAACAUAAUUACGAUGCCUCGAUUGAUAAACCCAUUGAGUAUAUACAACCAUUGUCCUUAAACAUUUCUCUUCUGACAAGCGUCACAUGUGGUUUCAUUAAAACCGCGUCGAGCUUCACGUCGAGUUUAAUAUACAACACGAUAAUAGUUAUCGUUAUUCUUGCACUGGCUUCACUCCCAACGAUACCUCCGAUAAAUCAGAACCUAUUCAAUGCUAUCAGCAACUUUUUGAUCACCUUUCCGGAUAUCUAUUGGAUUUAAGAAAUAAACGUUAUUUAUGUAUCGAUGAGUUAUCUUGGACCAAAGAUUGAAAAUAACAAAGGCAUUGUGUGUUCGAGCGAAGAAAGAAGAGAAAGGUGGAAUUAAUGUAAAAGAGAAGGUAUGGAUGAAAAAGAGAAAGAAAAUAAAUUGGAGGUGGUGGAAGAAGUGGUAGUGAAAGAUGUUAUCUCCGUCGACACGACGGACAAAAAGUCUCAAGCAUACAAACAAUCAAAUACAUAUGCCGCGAAAAAGACUGUAGCACAAGGUAUGAUGGAUGUUGCCCUAAUCACCGCCAAUGCAAAUCAAUUAAGAUACCUGAUUGAAUAUCAACGAGAGAGCCCCACUUUUUUUCUGAUUCUGAGUUUAAUCAUUAUCAGUCUCCUUCUCCAGGUGGCCGUAGGCGUCAGUUUGAUUUUCAAAGGUCGAUUUGACAUAAAAGGACAAUCGAAAUCACGACAGGCACGAAAAAUUAAUAAUUACGUGGUAGUUGGAGUUUUUCUAAUAACUAUCAUCAACGUAUUUAUUGCCGCGUUUAGUAUAUCUGUUCCUGUUCCUACCACAUUACCGCUGUUAAGAAAUGAUAAUUAACAGUAAUGUAAUGUAAAGAAGUAUUUUAUAUUGAUCUUUGUGAAAACAGAUAGCUCUCUCUUAUUCUUUUAUCUUUGUAUAUGAAUAACUGAUAAUAAGAUAUCUGAAAUUGAUGUAUCAAAUGUAUUAAUUUAUAAUAUUAUUGUUAGAGAUAAAUUUCUUCUAUAUUCGAAUGUUCUAUCCUCUAUUAAAAUAUACUUUCUGUUUCUAUUUAAAUAUAUUAUGUAAUCAUGUUAUAAAUAAGUAAUUGAUAAAUAAAUAAUUUAAUAUUUUUUUAAAAAGAAAGAA